AUGCCCUUCACUCCAGCUUUGGAGUGGCACGAGCCGCGCUGCACAAAGGCGAGCCGUCUGGAAAGCUUGUUCUUGCCACUUACAAUUUAUCUGCGCUUGCGCAGCUGCCGUGGCUUUUGCUGGGGCAGCUCCACGCUUCUGCAGUUUGAGGCUUGUGAAGAAAGGUUGCAAGCAACGGCCAAAGCUGCCAUGCCGAAUGUGGGCUCGGGCCAAGCCUUGCUGUGCAGCUUAUGCCAAAUCUUUCUAAAGCUUUGGCGUACCAUGCGUACCCACAGAUCUGAGGUGAGAGACUUGCAGCGGGAGCUAGUCGGCCGGGCCCAUGCAACUUGCGUGCACCGCGUGCUGGGCGUGCAAUGUGUAAGGCGUUUCCGGCCACUUGGCCAACGCGCAGGCCUGCCUGGCAUUGGCUGCUUGGCGAAGCCUGGCGCUGUGAAAGUGCGACAGCUUCCCAAUGUCGUGCGCAGAGCCGACAUUGUGAGAUUGCGCUUUCUGAAUCAUGCCACGGAAAGUGUACAGCGCAGAAGCUGCCACCCGCGCCAGCUCUGA